AUGGGUAUACUGAGUACAGAAGAUAGGAAACUUGAAGUUGCCAUUAAAGGUGGGUCUCCUGUAGUCCAGACUACCCUCAAGCUCAAGGAUGACCUUGAACUUUUCACCCUCCUGCCUCCACCUCACAAGUACUGGAAAUGGAGGUUAGCACUCUACGUAUAUGAAUAUCUGCUCCAUGUAGGAGCUCAGAAAUCGGCCCAAACAUUUUUAUCAGAGAUAAGAUGGGAAAAAAACAUCACAUUGGGGGAACCGCCAGGAUUCUUACAUUCUUGGUGGUGUGUGUUUUGGGAUCUCUACUGUGCAGCUCCAGAGAGACGGGAGACGUGUGAACACUCAAGUGAAGCAAAAGCCUUCCAUGAUUAUAGCGCUGCAGCAGCUCCCAGCCCCGUGCUAGGAAACAUGCCCCCAGGAGAUGGCAUGCCAGUAGGUCCUGUGCCACCAGGGUUCUUUCAGCCCUUUAUGUCACCUCGGUACCCUGGAGGCCCAAGGCCCCCAUUGAGGAUACCUAAUCAGGCACUUGGGGGUGUCCCAGGAAGUCAGCCGCUACUGCCCAGUGGGAUGGACCCAACACGACAACAAGGACAUCCAAAUAUGGGUGGACCAAUGCAGAGAAUGACUCCUCCGAGAGGAAUGGUGCCCUUAGGACCACAGAACUAUGGAGGUGCAAUGAGACCCCCACUGAAUGCUUUAGGUGGCCCUGGAAUGCCUGGAAUGAACAUGGGUCCAGGUGGUGGUAGACCUUGGCCAAACCCAACAAAUGCCAAUUCAAUACCGUACUCCUCAGCGUCUCCUGGGAAUUAUGUAGGCCCUCCAGGAGGCGGAGGACCGCCAGGAACCCCCAUCAUGCCUAGUCCAGCAGAUUCAACCAAUUCUGGAGACAACAUGUAUACUUUAAUGAAUGCAGUACCUCCUGGGCCCAACAGACCUAAUUUUCCAAUGGGCCCAGGAUCAGAUGGUCCCAUGGGUGGAUUAGGAGGAAUGGAGUCCCAUCACAUGAAUGGCUCUUUAGGCUCAGGCGAUAUGGACAGUAUUCCCAAGAAUUCGCCCAAUAACAUGAGCCUGAGUAACCAGCCGGGCACUCCAAGGGAUGACGGUGAAAUGGGGGGGAAUUUCUUAAAUCCUUUUCAGAGUGAGAGUUACUCCCCCAGCAUGACCAUGAGUGUGUGAUCCAUUGCUGCGUCUCCUCAUGAGAACCCUCUCGAGUCAGCCCUUCACAGAACUACUAUGGAAGAAAACUACUCAUCAGUGGACAGUUACACAAAGGAGUCUCAGUCAGCCAAACCGACCGUUUAUUCCUGCUCUCUCCCAGAUGUGGUGAAGAAAGCAGGUCCAAAUGUGAUUCAAACAACUGUAUGGAGUGGCACAUUAGAAUUGCCCUAAACUGAACUGCAAAUGAUUAUCUGUGUAUGUAUAUGUGUGGGAAAGAGAAUGUAUCGUAUAUGCACAUCUGUAUGCACAUAUACGCAUACAUGCCUUGACCCACAGGACAUUGUAAGACAUUAUCACAUGACAUCUUAAGUAGAAGUAAGUAGGGACUUUUAUUCCAUCCUUUUUUUCACGUUUACAUUUUAAUUAUUAAAGGUUGCUCCUGCCCUUCCCUGAACUAUUUUGUGCUGUGUACAUCACUGCUUUAUAUAAGUUAUUUUUUAAGGUGAACUCAGAUGUUAUGGUUUUGUAAAUGUCUGCAAUCAUGGAUAGGAAUAAAAUCGCUUAUUUGAGAGCUUUCA